AUGUCAAUGAAAAAAGAAGAUCAACUCAAAUUAGAUUCCAUCAAAAGGUUUUCAUUCACGGUUCUUCAUCUUGUUGAUAGUUUUAUUCCAACUACAGUAGUUGCACCUAUUGAACGUGUAAAAUUACUCCUUCAAUGCCAGAAUGAAAUGCUGAAACAAGGUACCAUUAUUCGACCAUACAACGGUGUUAUUGAUUGUAUCAUGCAAACUUUUAGAAAUGAAGGUACCUUGUCAUUCUGGUGUAGUAAUCUAACCGCUUGUAUUCUAUCGUUACCCAUUGAGGCUAUCAAAUUUGCCUUCAGAGAUAAACUUCUCGUAAUGUUUAAACAAAAUAAAAAUCACUCACAUAUGGUGAAUCUUGCUAAAAAUAUAGCAAUUGGUAGCACAGCUGGUGUAUUAUCAUUAUGUUUUGUUCACUCACUUGAUUAUGCUCGUACACGUUUGGCUAAUGAUGUUAUAAGUACAAAGAAGGGAGGUGGUGAACGUAAAUACAAGGGUCUUGUUGAUGUCUAUAAAAAAACAUUGGCGACCGAUGGUAUUGCCGGUCUUUAUCGUGGCUUUGUUAUUUCAUGUGUUGAGACGAGUAUUUAUUGUGGAUGCGUUUUUGGUUUUUAUGAUACAUUUAAACCAAUUUUAGUUGGUCCUAAUGAUAAUAUUACGCUUUUAUUUUCACUUUAUUUUGGUAUCAUAGUUACAUCUUACUUUAUUUCAUAUCCAGUUGAUACUAUUCGACGACGUAUGAUGAUGACAUCAGGUGAAGCAGUUAAAUAUAAAGGUUCAAUGAAUUGUAUGUUCCAAAUUUUACGAACUGAAGGUGUUAUGGCUUUCUAUAAAGGAGCUAGUAUCAAUAUUCUUCGAGGUCUGGCUAGUGCUAGUGUCAUACUUGCAUUAAAAAGAUUGGGACAAUCUCAUGCUGGCAUUAAAGCUGAUCCAAGUGCUAGUGAUUAA